AUGAGCAAAAAGUUCAAAUCCCAGGCCUCCAGCAGUCGCGCCGCUGCCAGCGCCUUUGGUGGAUUUGGUGGCUUCUCCAGCCAAGGCCGUGAGCCGUCAGCUCUCACAUACAUUUCGGAGCCACCAGAUCUCUCGCGUAUUGCGGAACAGCAACUGGUGAUCGCAUUCAAGAACCUGCAGAAGAAAGAUGAGAUCACACGAACGAAAGCUCUGGAGGAGCUCAAGGACUAUAUUUUCGCUGUUGAGGACCGGAAUGGAACUCUCGACGACGGGCUAUUGGACGCGUGGGUAUCUUCAAUUGAUCUCUCUCGCAGAGUUAGGCAGUUGGCCCAUCUCCUACAGGGCUCAAUUGCUUCCCAAGUGGGCAAGCGCAUCGUGCCUUACCUCCCCAAGGUGGUGGGCGCAUGGCUCGCCGGACUCUACGACAAUGACCGACCCGUUCAUCGGUCUGCCCUAGAGUCGUUCAGCAAAGUCUUCUCUACCGAGGAGAAGAGGAACAAUGUAUGGAAUAUCUACCAAAGUUCGAUCCUGGACUUUGUGGAUGAUGUCAUCCUUCACCAGACUUCCUUGACCUUGAGCGACGAGAGAACUGUCAAGCGUGAUGAUGCUGAAGCAAAAUACGCACGCGUGGUGGGAGCUGCAGCUCUGCUCUUCAACAGAAUCCUGGGGAAUUCAGCCGACGUCAACUUGCAGAAAGAUAUGGCUGCCAUUGAGAAUCUCCUAGGGAGCAAAUCGCUGUGGGCUUUGUGCCACAACGACGAUCCAUAUGUCCGUCGAUCAAUAUAUAUCCUCCUGCGAUCUGCGAUUUCCCGAGAACCAGCGUGGCUUGACUGGAACAUCCUCAGCACGUCCGUAAUUGGGAAAGCAUUAUCUACCCCACAGAUUGGAUCUGCUUCCGAGCUUUCCGAGUCUCUCCUGCUAUUGACCUCAUCACGUCCCCAGGUCUGGACUGAGGAUUAUACUGGAAAGUCAUCUUCCUCGAAAACGCUACGCCAGUACAUUCAAAAGGGGUCACAAGGUGGUCCCGGGCUCUUUUGGUCAAAUCUUGAUCAAUUACUUCGAAUUGUGCCAUCCCAAGUUCUUGCAGAAGCUGACAAGACAUCUUCCGAUGAGAAGAUCAAUGUCUCAAGUGCCGUUGUCCUGACGGAAGCUUUUCAAGAAGGCCUCUGUUCUAGGGAAGAACCGCGCCAAAAUCUUGCUCUUGGGUGGAAAUCCUACAUCCACGUCGGGACAUGGCUCGCGAGUCAAUUGCCUCAGGGUCAAAGAUCUGAAUUUGUCCAAAAGCGGAUGUCUCCUUUGGUGGAGAAUUAUGUACGGCCUGAAUCUAGUACUGCUCACUGGUUGCUUCCGCCACAAGCAGCCGAAGAUAUAUGCAUCACUUAUCUCACCAGUGCAGCUUCACAAAGGCAGGAUCAAGAGAUCACCUCAUUGUGGACAAAAUUGUCAGACGACUUGCUGGAAGCAGUGAAGCUAUCAUCUCCUGAGCAGUCAAAAGAUUUUCGGACGUCACAGGAUUCGAUUUGCGAUCAAUCAAAGCGCCUGUUUUCCUUAGAAGCUGCGCUAGUCUCUCUGAUUCCAGAUAAGGAUGAAGAAUUUGUUCUGGGAGUCUUCAACAAAACAGGCUCAUCUCUACUUCAUGAAUGCCUGCAAGUUCUUCGAUCCCGCAACGGGAAGCCGUAUGGAGCCGCGGCUGUGGUGGAGGAAUGCGUGCGGCAUAUGCCCCAAAUUGCACAGCGCUCACAGGAGCUUCUGAGCUUCGUCCAAACAGAUGCGCCGGCGCUUCUGCACUCGCCAUCUGCGGACCGCUUGAUUGCAACGAUUCUGCUAUGUCGGAAGUGGGAUGGAUUUUCGUCUAGCUUUGAGAACAUUGUUGAGCGGACCAUGGAGCUGGAGCCGGAGCAGUCGAAUGCAAGCGUUCUUCAGAGCCUGCUCUCGACCCUCGAUUUCAAUGAAGUCGGAGACAGAGACAAGCUCACCUCGCUCGUGAUGCGGGCUCUGGAUAAUGCCUGCAGAGGAAGCCAACUCCACUGGCCAAUAAUCACUGCUGUCCUUCAGAACCAAUCCUCUCGUGGUGAAUUCCUGGAUCGCAUCUUUCUGUCGAUCAUUGACUCCUUAUCUUCGGAGGACAGAGUAUUCGAUGCUUUGCACGGGCUUUCUCAAAUCGGAAAGACUGUACCAUCAGCAGUAAAGGCGUUCCAGAGCGGACCUCAUGGAUCAAAGCUGGCAGGCAAGCUUCUGUACCUCACAGAAUCUCCCUCGGAGGAAGUGGCUAGCCUUGCAGAAUCUUUAAUGAGCACCUUCAAGGAAUCUGCCAUUGGUGGUACUAGCGCCAAGUCCAACAUUGAAAUCCUUCAUCACGAGUUUAGCCACGUCAGUGAGGAGUCAUUAUCCUCGCAGCCUGAGACAUCAACCAGUAUCAAAGAUAUCCUUCCGCCUCGCAGCUCAUGGGAAGAGGCACUGAGUCCGUUUCUCCAAAUUCCCCCUCGACCCUCGACGGCUAUCACAAGCCCGCUCGGGGGCACUGUCCAGCUCAUCCAACGUGAGCUAUCGGACUCAUUCAGGACAUUAUGGCUAUCUAUUCCCCGAGAUUCAGCUCGUUGCUCCGCAGCGUUCCGCCUAGCCACAUUCACUAUUAGAGCUCUAUCUUCAUUUGAUAUUGUCAAACAAUUGGACAAAGAAGCCCUCGAGACAUUGUUCUAUUUUCUUCCAUUGGCCAUCCAGCUCAUGGAUGAUGACCUGAGCAUCGAAAACUGCAACGGCAUUACAGGUCUCGAGCUAGCUGACCAACGAGAAGAGUAUAUGGACAUUGUUCUUGAUGGCCGGAAGGUGAUUGCUACCUGGAUCCAUGCCCAAGAGCCAAUGGACUCUUCACAAGAUAUGUCUAUCUCCUCUUUGUUUACUUUGUUCUGGGAGUCCAGAUUGGAAGCACUCGAUGGCACCACUCCCAUGGAUUACAGGGUUGGAGAGGCUUUUGUGAAGAUUAUGAACAGUGUCGAUUCAGUGCAUGCUUCCAAAUCAUCGGAUGAGACUGCCAAAAUCUGCAGGGAGGCGCGGACAGCCAAUGCCAUCCGCUCAACAGCUAGAUUUGCCGUCUUGCGGAGUUCUAUUCUGUCUAACCCCGUUGGGAACCGGAUAUGCAAUGAAUUGGUUGCCGAUUCAACCGGACUCAAGCCCCAGGAGGAGCGCUCAGAUGGUCUGCGAAAGCUCGUCCUUCUCAACACAUUGUUGGCAGGAGAAGAAAACGUCGCCUCGACCAUUCCAACCCAGAGAUUGGUUUUCCUUACCAAGCAUCUCCUGCAAUGCCUCCAGUCUGAUUUUAAAUUUCUCGGACUGCGAGCCGAAAUCAUCAAGACACUGGCAUUUGUUCUCCCAUGUCUCGGCGAGAUUUACGGAUCUCAUUGGGAGGAGACCAUGGAGAUUCUCAGUGCCACCUGGAGACAGACUAGUGGCGGCGAAGAAGCAUUGCCGUUGCUGGUGGCGUCAUUCGGACUCUUUUUGCGUCUGAAGUCCAUUGCCGAAAGUGACAGUAAUGACGAUGUUCAGGAUGCUUGGUCCGAGCGGAAGGCCGGGAUUUUCAAUGAUUUGGCUUCUACAAUUGACAAGUUUGACUCAACCACUACGUUCCAUCAACCUCGUGACGUGGCUGUUGAUAGACUACGCCGUUUGAUCAACACCAUCCCGAUUGAGAAGCUAGAGGAUGUCAGCGAGAUCUUCCAGCUUCUGACUGCGCAUAGUCGAGCAGUCCAGCGAACAGCCUACACGAUCCUCCACCGGUACAUCCCGCAGACGCAGGAGCAGGUCUCCUUCGAUGUAGCUCUGUCGAAGACGGCAGUCACCCUGCCCGACGAGCUUCUGUCGUUGCUUCUUGAGCCCCCGACAAUGCAGGCAGUGUCCUUAUCCUACGGUGAUGACAAGAUGUGGACCAGUAUGAGGUCAUAUCUUCUGAGCUGGAAGGUGGUCUUUGACCACUUUACCAAUGCAUCCCUCCCCGUCCAAGAGUACUACGCAUCCAACAUCAAAGAGAACGAGAUUCUGAUUCCCUUGCUGGAGUUUACGUUCGCCUUCCUUCAAAAGUCCCAUGGCAAGAUCGUCGAUGCUUCCAAGUUCGAUGUGCGGUCCUUUGAGCCAGAUGAGUCCGAGAGUGCCGAGAAAGAAACGCAAUGGCUUCUGGUGCACCUUUACUACUUGUGCCUGCGGCAUUUGGCGAACAUGACAAAAAACUGGUGGAUUGACACCAAGAAACGGGUCAAGGGUCCUGUGGAAGUCUGGACUGAGAAAUACGUCUCCCCUCUUGUCGUCAUGGAUGCUCUGCAGAGCGUGACCGAAUGGGUUUCGACGCAGGACCAGGAUGAAGAGCGCGCCUUGUCCGUGAAGAUUUCACCCAAAACUGCCGAGAUCAUUGCUAGUGUCACCGUGGACGAGGAGUCUCCGGAUGUCGCCAUCUCGAUCUCGCUCCCUCCAGCGUACCCGCUUCAGCCGGCGGUGGUUGUCGGCCGGAGCCGGGUGUUGGUGGAUGAGAAGAAGUGGAAGAGCUGGCUGCUCACGAUCCAAGGCGUGAUCAUGUUCGCCAACGGCAAUCUCGUUGACGGGCUGCUGGCCUUCCGGCGCAACGUGCAGGGGGCGCUCAAGGGCCAGAGCGAGUGUGCGAUCUGCUACUCGGUCAUCUCGACAGACAUGCAGACGCCCAACAAGCGGUGCGCGACAUGCAAGAACACCUUCCACUCGGUGUGUCUGUUCCGGUGGUUCAAGAGCAGCAACCAGAGCACUUGUCCGCUGUGUCGCAACAAUUUUGUCGUCUCCCGGCUGAGCGCCGUCGAGCUGGGGUACUUGGACGACGCGUACGUAGAGGCAUUGACACCGUCCGAGUCGGCGACUAGGAGAUUUCCAAUUAUCAAUCGAGGAACCUAUGUGCGCACUAUCGCGAUCGACCAGCUCGUCGCGCGCUUCCUCGGCCCGUACAGCGCAGACAACCAGAAGAAACAGAUCAUCUCGCUGGGUGCUGGGUCCGAUACACGGAUCUUUCGCCUCCUCUCGUCGCGCUCGACCCCGGACUUUGUCUACCACGAGAUCGAUUUCUCCGUCAACAAUGCGGCUAAGGUCCGUGCUAUUCGCUCAUCACCGCUGCUGCAACGAGUGCUCGGCAUCAAUGCCUCCGAGAAUAAGGUGACGGUCUCAGAAUCAGCGGAUGCACUUCACUCGCCCUCGUACCACCUCCAUCCCCUCGACCUGCGCGUCCUGUCCCCGGACACCCCCUCUCCAGAAACAUUACUCCCUGGCGUGGAAACCGCGCUACCGACCCUCCUGAUCUCCGAAUGCUGUCUGAUCUACCUAUCACCAAAUGAAGCCGACAAUGUCGUUGCAUUUUUCACCAAAUACAUUUCCACUCAUGCCUCACAACCACCCACCACCCCCCUGGGCCUAAUAUUCUACGAACCAAUCCGACCAAAUGAUCCCUUCGGCCGCACAAUGGUCUCCAACCUCGCAGCGCGCGGAAUCCAUCUUCAGACUCUGCAUCGGUAUGCCUCGCUCGAGGCGCAGCGGGCCCGGUUCCGUGAGAAGGGACUCGUGAGCGGACAGGCUGCUGCGGAUAUUGAUUUUAUAUGGGAGCGAUGGGUGAGCGAGGAGGAGAAAGAGCGUGUGGCCGGGUUAGAGAUGUUGGAUGAGAUGGAGGAGUGGCGGUUGCUGGCUCGGCAUUACUGCGUUGCUUGGGGGUGGAGGGAUCGGGAUGAUGAGCCGGCGUUUGGGGGAUGGAAGAACCUGGAGGCUCAGGAGGGCAGCGAGUGA